AUGAGUUUUGUGAACAGAAUGUAUUCUCUCCGUAAUAUUUCUCUUGCGUUUAUGGUGAAUUCAUUUCUUCUUUCCUGUUUUUAUUCACUCUAUGUGUUGAAUUGGAUGGGACAUACGCUGAGCUGUGGACAAGCUAGCGAUUUGCCUUUAUACAUAGCAGCCACCUCAACGGUUGUUAAUGGUAUUUUAUUUCCAUUCUUCACAGUCAUUUUUUGCAUCAUAACUAAAACAAAACGCUACAACCGAGCUUUUACAGUUAUUUUCCUUCUAUGUUCGUGCGCUUGCCUCCUUUAUGCAAUAAUGACAUCUUCCGCGAUGUUCAUAAACCUGUACUUCAAGUUCAAUCCGUCAUGUUUCCUCGGGGAGACAAAAGUAGAUGUGAUCUACAUGAGCAUGAUUGCCAUAUACAACGUAAUCAGUUCCUUAGUUCUUCUGCUGAUUUCGAUCUUUUCGCUUGAUUCGACUCAACAUUCAGAAGACAGGGGUGAAGGUGUGUUUGCAGAUGUAACAAAUCCUAACCACGGUAAAGAAUCAGGAAUAGUAGCCUUAUAG